GUAGUUUUUCUUUCAUUCAACUUCCGUGUGCCGAACUUUGUUUAACGUAUUUUGGUGUUUUCGAAAUUGGCCCAUUAAUUGGCCGGAAAUUGCAUUUGUUGCAUAUUAACCGUUGUGAUUUGAUUUGCUAAUAUGUUGUUGCAGCUGCUGUUGGCAUUGCAGCAGUACGUAAGUCAAUUAAAACGACAAUUGGCUUCGCUGUGGCUGGCGACAUUGCCGCAACAUUUGUUUGGCUUCCGGCUAUUGGUCGGCCAGCCCCGGGUGGCGAGCAGCCGAGCCAGUUACCAGCGCCACGGACAGCUGCCGCGACGCCGACUGGUCAUGGACUACAUCUUCGAGUGCUUCUUCAACGACACCUUCGAGCACAUCACCCGCAACGGGCUCCAGGACCGUCAAUCGCGACGCGACGUCCUCGAUCACCUCAGCGCCAUUGUCAAGGGCUGUGCCGAUGGCCAGAAUGUGGCCACCGAUGAGGCGGCCAGCAUAGCGGUCACAGCCGCCUUGCGGUUCCAUCGACUGGCCAAGCAAAACAAUGGAAAUGUCUGCCUCAUGGGAAAAUAUCACAACAUUUUGUAUAUUGCGCUGCGCACCUGUUGGGAUUGGGGUGUACGCGAUUCUGAGGUUGUGGUUCAACUUCUGGUGUCGAUUUUUGAGUGUGAGAAGACGUUCGAGCGCAUCUUUUUGGGCGCUCUCUUUGGACCACACGCACCGCACUUCAUAGCCGGCUGGCGCAGCGAUUUUCGGGAUCAGAACGAAAAUGUGCGUGCCAUGGUCUACUUCCUGAAGCAUGCCACACGCGAACAACUGACGCUGCCCGUAUGGAUACCGCGCUUCGAGCAGGAGCGCCAGCUCAGAUUCAUUGAUGUGCCCAUUGAGUCCUGUGGACGCUCGUCUCCUCUACGCAUUGCGCUGCAGGCAAAUGCUCCAGAACUGCUGCUCAUUCUGCUCAGAUACGGCGCCGCACCACAGCCACCCGACGGCGGCACCUCCGUGAUAAUUGCGCUGCUCGACAAACUCAUCGAGAAUGGACGCAAUUAUAGCUGCGAGCUGGUGCUCUGUCUCCAGAUACUGAUGCGCAAUGUGCCCAUGAUUGAAAUGCCUUUCAAGCCGAUGGUGUACGGGACACGCCGAGAAAUGUUCUUCGAGCGCUAUGGACGACUUCUAAUGGACAAAAUCGUGGGCAAGGAACAGGUCUAUGGUGUGCCGACGCUGCGACAUUUGUGCCGCUGCCGCAUUCGGGAUGUGCUGCGCGAGCAUAAUCAGCUGCCAAAUGGCAUCGAUACGCUGCGCCUGCCCAAGCGCCUGCAGCGCUACAUCGACCUCACCGAGGAGCUGGACGGAACGCAGCUGCUGCCGCCGGAGAAGCCUGUGCAGCGGCUCACAAAUGCCAUGCAGCGACUGGAGACCAUCAGCAGCGGCACCGAGAGCGAGGACGAGAGCGACAAUCAUGUGCAGCUGCUGGAGGCUGUCACCGAUGCGGAGAAGGCAGCUGUCGCCGCCUUUGUGGCCACCGCAGGCGACGGCGUCAACAUUGGCGAGGCCAAGCAGGCGGCCAUUGAGGCCUAUGCUGCUGCCCAGGAUGUGAACCCACCAUCGGACCAAACCCACCCGCCGCUUAGCUAAUUGUACAGUAUUUCCACAGUCUUUUGGCACUCACCGAU